GAUCAACGUUGGGGUACGAACCCUGAAGUGAGGGAAAUCAUCCAGGAGGUGUGGAGUCUGACGUUUGAUGGUACACCUAUGUUCCGGUUAUGGUGUAAGCUUAAAAAAUUAAGACAUAGGCUCUAUGAAUUGAACAAAUUAGGGAAAAGUAACUCCGAGCGAAAGAUUUGAAGCCUUCAACAAGAGUGAGAUAUUGUUUGAGGGGCUUCUGUAGUAGAUUGGGAUAAAUUGUGUGAUCUGGAGAGCCAGUUGAGGGAAGCUUGGAUUGAUGAAGAGAUCUAUUGGCGCCAGAAGUCAAGGGUGACAUGGUUAAAUGAGGGUAACCAAAACUCAUCUUAUUUUCAUAAUAUCGCUAGAGCGCGUCGUCGGCAUAACCAUAUCCAGGGUAUUUAUGAUCCUGCGGGUACCUGGGUCAUGGGGGAGGAUGAUAUGGCACAUGUGGCGUGCGAUUUCUAUGGCGAUCUCUUUACUACGAGCGGUUUGGAUCCUCAGUUGAUUGGGAAAAAGUAGCUUCUUUGCCUAUUGAAAGGAGAGUGACUGAUCGCAUGAACGCCAAGCUAACUGCUGAAGUGUCCUUUGAGGAAAUUCGACGUAGCGUCUUUCAGAUUGGUGCAACGCAAGCCUCGGGAUCGGAUGGAUUUACUGGUGUGUUCUUUCGUCAGUUUUGGGACAUUGUUGGUCUUGACGUAGUAGAGGCAGUUAAACACUUCUUUUCUACGAGUUCUCUCCUGAAGAAUUGUAAUCAUACUUGGCUUGUUCUUAUACCGAAGGUUGAUAGGGUUGAACAUAUGCGGAACCUACGACCUAUUAGUGUUUGUCAAUUCUCCUACAAAGUCAUAGCUAAAAUUUUGGCUGAACGACUAGCUCGCUACUUACCUUCUAUUGUGUCCCCGGGGCUGAAUGGAUUUGUUCGUGGUCGGCAGAUUGUUGAUAAUGUACUGAUUGGGCACGAGGUUAUGCAGUACCUGAAGAAUAAGAGGGUGGGAAAACAGAAAUUCAUGGCGUUCAACGUGGAUAUGGAGAAGGCAUAUGAUCGGGUGGAAUGGCCAUUUUAAUUCGCAUUGCUUGAGAAACUUGGUUUCAGUGCGCAAUGGAUCAAAUGGCUAUGGGCUUGUGUGUCUUCUCCGACUUUUUAUGUUUUGAUGAAUGGAAAGCCUUCAGGGUAUUUUAGUGCAACUCGAGGUCUUCAUCAGGGUGUUCCUUUAUCUCCACUCAUGUUUGCUAUUUGCACCGAGGGUUUCGCUGCUCUGCUCCGGCAGGCAAUGUCAACUCGUGUUUUGACCGGUCUUCGUAUUAGUCCACGGUGUCCUGUUGUGUCGCAUUUAUUUUUUCGCGGAUGACUCGUAUUUGUUCCUACGAGCUUCAUGUUCUGAAUGUGAACACCUCGUCGGGGUUCUUAAGCAAUAUGAGGAGCUCAGUGGUCAAAAGGUAAAUCUAGCUAAAUCAACGGUUUGUUUCAAC